GAUAUAGAUUGCAGGAACAUCCUGCAAAACGGAGCUUAAUGACAUGACAAUUUUUUGUUGUAUAACAAAUGAAAGCAAACGCAGUGUCGGAAACUCCUAUUGUUCUCGCAUAGCUAGUGUUUACAGCGCCUCUAUGCUGUGCGCUCCGAUUUUGAAGAACUAAAAUUCAAUAUGGCUGUGAAUUCAAUGUGAUAAAAUAUGGCAACAAUACUAAGGACGUAAUCAACGUGGCCAAGCCGGUGCGUAGUCAGCGUAGUACGUAGUUCGUCACACAGUUUAUCAUUGAAAUUCGUGCGAAUCAUUGAAAAGGGGUAACAUCACAUUUGAAGACUUGUAGUCUGCAUUGGCGAUCAAAGCAGUAUAUUUUCUGAUACGGCGUAUAAAUUGGUAUAUUUGUAUAUUUUGGUAUAUUUACUAUAUUUUUAAUAUUAAUUCAAUAAAUGGAGGAAAGAAAUUAAUUAACUUUAUACUGUUAAAACAUUUACCUUAUUCAGUAUUUUGUUCUUUGCAACUGAUUUCGGAACUAAAAUGCAGGCAUAAACGAUCAACUUUUAUCACUUUAGAAUAAAAAGAAUAAACUUAACAACAAUACUUACAGUUUUUUAAUAAGUGCUGGCUGAUAUAUUUAAGAACCGCAAUAGUUUUUGCAGUAAUUGAUACUUAUUUUUAUAUAAAAUAAUUUCAUGCAAGUUUGUCUGAAACAUAUUUCCAUAAAUGUAUUUUUUUUUUUUUGCUUUAAAAACUUAGAAAAGUUAUAUUUUAAAAUUUAAAAAAUGGGCAGAGCAUGUUGUGUACAAGGAUGCAAAUCGGGCAAAAUAGCUCCAUCACAUGUGAUUCCUAAAAAUAAAGAACGCCGCAAACAAUGGUUACAAAUUUUAAAAAUUGAUGAUAAGAAUAAAGAAGUAAUAAAUCAGUUACGAGUUUGUUAUAAACAUUUUCGUGACAAUGAUUAUUCUUGCUGUCCAAGAGUUCGUAAAUUAAUAAGUACUGCUGUCCCAAGUAUGGAAUUAGAGUACUCAGAAGAAAUAAAUUCACAAAUUCAUAAUCAAGAGAAAAUAGAAAUAUUGUACCAUCAGCAAGAAGAGAGAUUAAAAACACAUGAUCAACAAGUAGAGGGCAUAGAAAUAUCUCAUUGUCAACAAGAAAAGAGAACAGAAAUGUUAUCUGAGAAACAAGAAGACAUUUUAAGCAGAAUAGAAAUGUUACAUGAUCAACAUAUUAAAAAAAUUGAAAUAUUGCACCAACAAGAAGAAAGAAUGGAAAUGUUGCAUAAUCAACAAGAAGAGAGAAUGGAAAUGUUGUAUCAUCAACAAGAAGAGAGAAUGGAAAUGUUGACUCUAAAACAAGAAGAAAGUCAAAAGAAAAUAGAAACACUACAAGUAGAAAAAAUAGGAAUGAUGUAUAAUCAACAAGAAAAGAGAAUAGAAAUGUUUCAGAAACAAGAAGAAAUUCAAAACAAAUUAAAAAUGUUACAUGAUCAACAAAUAAAAAAAAUGGAAACAUUACACUAUCAGCAGAUAAAAAACAUGAUAAUGUUGCAUGAUCAACAAAUAAAAACAAUGGAAAUGUUGCACCAUCAAAAAGAAGAGAAAAUAGAAAUAUUGUUUCAAAAACAAGAAAAAAUUGAAGAGAGAAUAAAAAUGUUACAUCACCAACAACAGAAAAUAAGAAAAAGACCUAAUAUUCUGAGAAUUAUACAAAAAAGGCCUCACAUUCAAUUGCUUUAUCAAAAACUUGUCAAAUUAGAAAAGGAUCAAAGAUGUUUAAGGAAUAUAGUUAAAAAAAUGAAACAGAAACAAAUAUCUGAUAGAAAGGGAGAUACUAAGAUUUGUCUCAAUUUAACUAUGCUAAAUGGUGAAAAUAAUUCUGCUGAAUGAAAGCAGAAUAAAACAGUAUUCUAAGACUCAAAAUACAGAGGUGGCAAAGAAGGAUAUAAUAGGUAUAUUACAUCUUAACAAAGGUUCGGUGUAUAAAAUAGAAUCUUUUGGCUCUUGUUACAAUAUUCUCAUCUGCAUAUGGCUGAUUAACAUUCGUCUUAAUAAUGCACCCAUGUGCUACAUUAAGUCAAGCAGAUUUCCCUUCUUCAAUACUAAGUAUUUAAAUUGACUGAAAUCAGCGACUGAAUUUUAGUUUCUCAAAAUUGGGACGCACAAUAUAGAGGUGCUACAAAUACUGAUGACAUGCGAGAACAAUAGGAAUUUACCGACUCUAGCAAAACGCGUCUUUCUUUCUGUAACGUAGCACUGGCGUUAACGAGUAAUGCCAUCUAUGCAAAUUCACGACACUCUAUAUUACAUUAGAAAUGCUUUUAUCUUACCACAGUCAAAAUUGUAAGCGUAACAAUCAUCUGAAGACCGAUUACUUGUUGGACGUAGUGUAAUGAUUCUAAAAAUAUUGAUUAAUUAAAUAUAUAAAUUAUAUAUUUUACAUUUGUAGUUAUGUACGAAAUGUAAUUAUGUUAUGCUUUCGAAAUUCUAUAUACACAAGAAUAAUAUACUUGUAACAGCGUUCUUUAUA